UUGAAUAGAGCAUAAAACAGUCUCUGAGCAAUUUUCUUCUCUUUUACAAUGGCACGUUUGUUCUUGUUUAGUAUUGUGUUAUUUUCUCUGAUUGUGUUCUUUGCAUGGAAUAUUGAGGGAGCACUCCAACAUAAGGAGGAGUCACAUUUCAUGAGGGAGUUGAGGAGGCGGCAUGGGCAUGGGCAUGGGCAUGGGCAUAGGCAACAUGGGGAGGGCAGCCUUAGGCCUUCAGAUUGUGCCCCAAGGUGCUCUUACAGGUGCUCUGCAACCUCUCACAGAAAGCCAUGCAUGUUUUUCUGCCAGAAAUGCUGUGCAAAGUGUCUGUGUGUUCCUCCUGGAACUUAUGGAAACAAACAAGUGUGCCCCUGCUACAAUAACUGGAAGACCCAACAGGGAGGUCCCAAGUGCCCUUGAAUUCGCUUUACUAAAUAUUUUUAUGUCAUCUUUCGAUGACAGAGGACAAUUAAUUUGAAGAUGAUUAACCGAUUUGGGGAAGAACUCCACAACAAGCAACACAUAUUUAGUAGAAACAGGAGAAAUAACUCUUCACCUCGCAUGGUGGAGGGCUGGGUUCUAUUGUCUCUUUUUGCAUGUCUGUAACAAACUUGUUUCCUUGAUUAUAAAUUCUUGCAUGGUUUAACUUCCUAAGUUUUUUUUUCAUUUAUAUGAUUGAAAAAUUUAAAGGUCUCCCUUAAGCAAUCUGGACCUGGUUAUUGAAUACUAAUUUUAACAAACUUAAAUCAAUAAUUCUAAUGUUUGUGG